AUGAGCUUGCUACGACAAGCAGGACCCUCCUUCACUGGCAGUGAAGAGAAGUCCUUGGACCCGUCGCCCGCCCCACCGCUCUUCAUGCGAAGCCGCCCCUCCCUCGCCGCCGACGGGAAGAGUGCUGUUGCUCUAGCUGCCCACGACGACGCCCGCCACAUUGUCCGCCUCGUCCAAUGCCCCCAGUGUUCGCGCCCCUUCUGCACCCCCGUCACCCUUCCGUGCGGCCACUCGCUCUGUCGCCGCUGCCUCCCCGACUCGUUCCACCGCCAGCACAUCUCAUAUCCCGCCACCCCCGACCGCCGCCGAGGAAUAACAUGUCCCAUCCCGGACUGCGCCCGCGAGCACGCCGUGGGCGAGUGCAACGUCGAUGUCACCCUGUUGAAAAUCAUGGACCUCGUGGCCCAGCUCAUGGUCCGGAGCAAGCCCGCCACCGACGACUCGCCCAUCGUGCUGGAAGUCGUACGAGACCACGCCCCGGAUACCCCAAUGGAGAAGGACGCCCCACUGCAGCACGAAGCCACCGUUCUGCACGGCGGCCGUCUCCUCGCCACAUACACUCUCGCCGACAUGGGCCAGCUGGACGUUGCCUCUGAAGUUUCGUACACGACCUUGGACGGCGACGACCGGGAUUUCCACGAGCUGGACACCGCCGUGCUCGACCGGCUGAAAGAGGCCACGGAUAAAGAGUUGGAUUGCCAUGUCUGUUACAAUAUCCUCUUGGAUCCCGUCACCACUUCCUGCGGCCACACUUUCUGCCGGAAAUGCCUGGUUCGCGCCUUGGAUCACACCGUGCACUGUCCUGUCUGCAGACGCUCCCUGAGCAUCCCACCCUCGCUGCAAGGCCAGGCCAGCAACAACUGUCUCGUCGCGCUGCUGAACGCCCUGUGCCCUGACCUUGUCACUGCCCGCGCCGAAGCGGUUGCCGAGGAAGAGCGCGGCAUGUCCGAAUUGGAUACCUCCCUGUUCGUCUGCACCCUCGGAUUCCCGGCCAUGCCUACCUUUCUGCACAUCUUCGAGCCGCGAUAUCGCCUCAUGAUUCGGAGAGCGCUGGAAGGAAACGGCACGUUUGGCAUGCUCAUGUACAAUCGUUCUGGCUCCAACCAAGGAAGUCUCGGCCCAGUGCAGUUCAAAGAGUACGGCACGAUGCUGCAAAUCAUCAAUGUGCAAAUGAUGCCCGACGGCCGGAGUCUCAUUGAAACUCGGGGCAUCGGCCGUUUUCGGGUGCGCGACCACGGGCUGCACGAUGGAUACAUCAUGGGCAGGGUCGAGCGCAUUGGGGAUGUCAGUCUGGCCGAAGAAGAACGUCUGGAGGCCGAGGAUGUCAGAGCCGCCCAGUCAACCCGCGACGCCCAACUGGCCGCCGGUUCUCCGCACGCAAACCAUGCGCCUGAGCCGACCAUCGACAGUCUGUCCACGCGCGAAAUGCUCUUGAUUGGCGUCGACUUCAUCGAAAGGAUGCGGGCCAACAGCGCCCCCUGGUUGCAUCAACGCAUCCUGGACGCAUAUGGUGGCCCUCCAGACGACCCGGCACUGUUCCCCUACUGGUUCGCGAGCAUUUUGCCCAUAGCCGAAGAGGAAAAGUACCUUUUGUUGCCGACUACAAGCGUGCGAGAAAGAUUAAAGAUCGUGGUCAGCUGGAUCAGAAGGAUAGAGUCUCAGCGCUGGUGA